AUGGAUGACGACUUGACCGCCUCCCACUGGGAUGACGUGCUUGCACCAUCGCAGACACAAUUCUCCUCGUCCACAUAUGAUGGUUUCGGCAAUCGAUUCGGCACCCUCAGCCUAGACAACCCACAUAAAGACGACGACGAUGACGACGACGACAACAAUAGUGACGACGGCAAAUCAGACGCUAACGAAGGCGACGACGACGACCAGCCAUCUACGAAAGCACCAAUAGACCAGUUUGCAUCGUCUUCAGUGUUCAACCAGGCGGAAAUUGACCAGUUGAACGAGAUUCAAAAAGAGGAAAGGAAGGAGAAGUCGUCCAAUUUGUUGACAGAACUCACACAUGGUAUGGAAGAAAACGACCUCGAGACAGCAUUGCAGUCUCCCACAAAGGUGACACCGUCUGAUUCGUUGUUUAGCGAUCGUGGAACACCACUUAAAGUGCCUACCAGUGAAGGCAGGCCCGCAACUGAGGUUUUGACCUCGCCAACGAAAUCGGCCAAGUUGAAAAAUGGAAAGUUCCGUGCAACGAGGUCCAGAAGGUACCCGUCGAAAACUGUAGUCAAAAACUUGAAGGAAAACAAUGCCGAUGCCACGGAUCCCUUGGGGCCCUUAGGAGGUUCAUCAGGCGCCGAUGGGUCCACCCACGAGAACAUUCUGUCCACACGAGGCGAGACGUUAUUGCAAGAGGCCAAUGCUCCGCUCUACGAUAUUGCUUCACAGCCCGAACAGGAAAGUGUGACUAAAGUGGACGCUCCAUUGGCGACCACUACCAACGAGCAAACUUAUCCUAGCGAUGCAAAUGUUCUUGAUAUCACUGUCGGUGACCCCAUCAAGGUCGGCGACAUCACCAACGCACACAUUGUGUACUCAAUCAGAACGAAAAAUAAGAACGACCAUACUCUGCACUUCCCGCAAACCCAGGAGCCGGUCACAGUGUCCAGAAGGUACAAAGACUUCAGGUGGAUUUACCACCAGUUGCAAAAUAACCACCCGGGGCGCAUCAUUCCGCCUCCGCCAACCAAGCAGACGUAUAUUGGCCGGUUCAACGAGAGCUUCAUUGAAAACAGGCGCUUGUCUCUUGAGAAGAUGCUCACCAAGAUCAGCAAAGUGGUAGACUUCGCCAACGACCAGGAUUUUGUGAUGUUUCUCACCAGCGAGGACUUCACCAACGAGUCCAAGGAGAGAGAGAGAAUUAGCGGUUCCGGAGCUUCAAGUCAUCCUGACUUAGACGACGAUAGCGAGAAUGGAAGUGUGUCGUCAACUGCUUCCACACCUCUUGUGUCAGGAGCGGCAGCAACCAGCUUCAUGAGCUCGUUAUUCUCAAUAUCUACGAAGGCACCUGAGCCCGACGAAUAUUUCUCGAAAAAGAAAGCCUACAUCGAAGACCUCGAGUAUAAUUUGAAAACAUUCUACAAGUCAUUGGAGUUGAUUGCAACGCAAAGAGUAGAGAUCAUGGGUGUUACGGAGGAAAUUUCAUCGACAAUCGAUGCUCUUGCUGACUUGGAGAUUCUGAAAACCACAAGCGACCUACUAGGCGAGUUUGCUGAGGUUCACCUGAAGCUCCGAGAAAACCUAGAUCGGGUCAACUUGCUGGACCAGUUGACGCUUGGCUUCACCAUUGAAGAGUACUUGCGCAUCAUUGGGUCCGUGAAGUCUGUGUUCGAGGCAAGAUCAAAGAUCUAUCAACAGUACAUCACCUACAAGAAUGAUCUCACCAAGAAGCAAGAGAGCUUGGACAAGCUAAAUUCCAAGUAUAAGUCAUCGGUGGAUAAAAUCAACUUGUUGACGUUUGAGGUGGACAAAUUAAAGCAGAAGGUUACGCAAUUCGAAAAGAGCUUCAACAACAUCAGUGACACAAUCAAGAGCGAAAUCGAUAAGUUUGAAAUGGACAAGAUCGAAGACUUCCGCAACAGCGUGGAAAUCUUCAUCGAGAGCUCCAUUGAGUCUCAAAAACAAAGGCUAUCCAUCCUCACAGUUCCCAGAGAUAAAGUAUGGCUCUUUUCAUCUUCCAUAUUGAAACUCUUGCAUGAAGCUUCGAAAAAUACCACUGAAGGCUACGAAAAUGCCAGUGAGUCCGGCCAUUCACAGUCGGAAAGCGACGAUUACGAUAUCUCAUCGACAUCAUCGUCUGAAGAUGAAGAGACUGAGCACUUGAUGACUCAAAGCCAUUUUUCCAAUGGAUCCGGAUCGAAAAGGAACCUGGGAACAAAACUAGCAGGCUCGUCCAAAUUCGAUAACUCCAGCAAACACGACUCAUUGAGCAUCUCCACUGAUAGUUUUGGUGAGUCAUCUACUCCGAAGCAUAAUGACUCGUUGAAACGUCAUGAGUCAGAUGCAUCAAUUGAAGACUACGAUGAGGAGGACGACUACUUCUUCCACGUUGCAUUUACGCCUUCCGAAUGCACGGUGAUAUGCUCCAAAGAAGCCUGCCGCAGCUAUUUUGAGCAACCUCUAGCUGUAUGUCACCAGCUAGGCUACGAAGAUGUGAUGGUGCUCUCGGAAUCGUAUCUCAACCUUCUGAUCGAUACAGAGGGCGAGUUUAACAACUCCGAGAGAAUCUUGGAGCUCACAAGGCCGCUCUCGGCCCACAAAAUCUCGUUGUUUUUUCUCUCGAGCCAUUUUACUGACAUCGUGCUCAUUCCGUACCACUUAAAAGACCAGGUGGUGCGUAUCUUAACAAAGAAGAACUUCGAGUUCUCCAUACUUUCCAAGAGCUACCUCGUGAAUCCAAACAUCUCCAACGACACUGAUAGCCCGGAUUCGCCACGCGAGACCACCUCCGAGUUAGAGGAUAACACUCUGAAGCUUUUUCGCGAUGCUCAGAUCAGGCCUCAGAUUAACAAGAAGGUUCGUCUCUUGUUAACCGGUGCCAGACCGGGCCAGGUCAAACAUAGCAUCAGCAAAGCAGCACAGUGCAUUUCAUCGGGAGAGGUGCCGGAGUACUUUGCAAUUACCAGAACGUCGCUCAACGAGAUCUCUCUCAUUCUUCCUGGCUCAGGUCGUCAACGCUCUGCAAUGGGGUUUGAUUACAGAAGUAUCAUUGGCUCUGCACUGGACACAAUCGUUCCUAUUUCGCUCGACUUGAAGAAGCUCCCACUUGACUCGACUGGUAUUGUUGCUGGAUUGGCCAGUCGUCUUCUAUCAAGCAUCAAAUCUGUACCUGAAGCCAUGGGCUCUUUUGAGAUGAGCUAUCUUUCUAUGGCCAGAUCAGCGAUUUUAAUGAUUCCACGAGAAAACCUUUCCGUGGUUUCCAAAAUGAUAAAGAAUAUGAGGAAUGCUUCUGAGGACACUCACAAACAAUUUUCUGAUCUCCUGCUUUAA